AUGGUCAAAGACUCCAAAGAUUUGGGGAAAUAUGAAGAUUUCCUACACCAAAUGCGGAGGGCCUUUACCACAACGGAUCAAGAGGAGGAUGCACGUCAAGAGUUCUUGGGAAUGCUCAAGAAAUACGACAAAGUGGCGGCAGGAGACACUGCCAAGUUCAUUGGAGAAUUCAGAGGUCUGGCUGACCUCGUGAAUUCAACUGAUGGUGAAUUAAUCCUAGCAAUCAGAGAUCGAUUGCACAGAGAAAUUAAAAAUGUCCUUGCGGCCAGAGGAAGUUCCCAGUGGCCCAAGAAAUGGUCAGAGUACUGUGAUUAUGUACUCGACAUUUGCAAAGACAUGGGAAUACACCAGUCAGUAUCUUCAAUGGGACCCACACCUAAAGAUCCGAAUGCCAUGGAGGUGGAUAAUACAUCCAAGCAGAAGCAGUCUGGCUCCAGACAAACUCAACAGCAAAGGAGCGCUCCUGAUCCAAAGAAGCGACAGGAGGGCAAUGCUUUGAAAAUUCAAGUUGUGCGAAAAUCAAAGGGAACUGGCAACCCUUCAAAACCAGUAAAGGCCAUUGAAGCGGCAGCAGUUACACCAGAAGUUGUACCGGGCCCUUCAAAGAAAAAACACAGGAAGGUCAAGAUCACGAAGAUCAUUGAACCUUCACGCUUGCCAAGUCCAUCAGGUCAUAUCUCGGAGGUAGAUUCUGAUGAGGAUAAUGAGCGGGGUUUUGGUUGA